AGACUUCAAGAUUGAUGAUUGAUUUCACCCUUAGUUGACUCAAGGCUCACUCAGGUCAGAUCUCUGCUAUGUUUACCUAUGAGAAUUAUUGUGGCAGUAAUAGUAAUGGAGCAUUACGUAAUGCACCCCUCCACCCAGGGCAGUCCUGCCCAUGCCCUUUUCCUCUUGAUCAACUCAGCUCCUUAGUAAACACCGCAAAGGGCUGGAGUUUCCUGAUUUUUUUUGUCUAGAGUUUCCCCCCCUCGGGGUGGAGGAAUGGGGCAAUCCUGUACUUUGAACAUUAUGCCUAGGACAGACUCAUUUUUGGAGACUUUCUGCACCAGAAGCCUCUUUCAACUACCUACUGGAGUCUUACUGGACUCAAGAUUUAAUGGAAAAUCCUGGAGGCCAUAAAACAUCUACAUUUCUCCAACUGACAUCAAUGAAUGAAAAAACACUGAAGAACUUGGAAUCUUAACAGGAUAUUAGGAUUCUUUGGCUUUUAAGCAAAAAGAUUUUUGCAAAAAUCCUUCGUCUUUCAUUAGGGAAACGUUUGGACUGCUUUUUUAGAGGUGAGCACAAGAGGGAAUGAGAGAGGAAGUGGCGAUACAGUGGAUAUUUUUGUCCAUUCUUCAUCUACAGGAAGCCGGGCUUCACUUUCUCCCCCUGCUUUCUCGUCAGUCUUUUUAUGGAACCCCUGGAUUCUUCCCUGCGCUUCCAUCAGUGUCUUUAACUCAUUUUCUCUGUGUUGUAAAGUCCCGCUGAUGGAAAGUGAUGGAUUGUCUGGGCUCUGGCCUCAGGAAAGCUCUCCUCCACCGCACUGCCUCCGGUAGGUGAUCCAAUGGUUCUCACUUUAAUGAGCUCCAGCAUGCCAGCAAUGAGAAGUUUCACCGUGACUCUGGGAGAGAAAGUAGCAGUUGCUUGUCAGAGAAUGGAGAGGAGGCUGUUGAAUGAACUCUGAUUCUCACCCGGUUGAGAUAUAAAAAUGAAUCUGUUGAUGAGUAGGAAAGCUGCAUUCAUGUAAUCACAAAACAGCAUAUCAUGGGGAAUGGAUUGAGAAAAAUGAAGCAUCGUCGGAAGUAUUGGUUUUGGCCAACUAAAGAUAAAGCUGGCAACCCCAGCUGCUUUCCCUCCAAACAAUCUGAGGAAGAGGAGCCUUGUGUUGGGGUGAAGAUCGCUCAGAACAAAGCCGUUGGUAGCCACAGUCCUGAUGAGCAAGGUCAUCACAAUGAGAAGUUGAGUCGUGGAUGCAGAUUUAGCAAUAAGAGCCUUACUGGAGUAAAUGGAAGAGUUUCAGGCCGACGGCCACCUCUGCAUCCCAAACCACAAGUGCCUCCUAAGCCAGCACACCUUCAGAGUCCGGUGACGGAAGUCUCCUUUCCUCUGGCUGCUGGAACGUCGCCCAUCGGUCCCAACAUGGAGGGAGGAGGAGUAGGAGGAGCAAUAGGGAAGGGCCUAGUGUCCAACCUCAUCAGUCGCUUUGAGGAGAACAGACACACAGACAGUCGGAGGGAGGGCGCUCCUCUGAAGCAGGUCAGCAGAUCUCCUAACUGCAGCCCGGCUCACAAAAACUACCAGAGAGAGACGGAGCAGCCCACAGACUCCGGCUCUCCUGCGAACAGCCCACGCCAUGCUCUCAAACCCCCCAAUGGGGUUCUAGCCCAAAAGAAGAGAGAACAGGACAGGAAUCAGGACAUGGACGGAAUUACGCAAGACGCGGUUCCAGUCGUGAGGGUAGACAGGCAGGGACUGCUGAACGGAGAUGCCGGCGAUGUGGCUAAGAGGGAAAUUGUAGAUGAGGACUGUGUAGAUCCGCCUCACGCUCACAUAGAACAGGUCAAAGAGGAGGAGAGGAAAGUGCCGGAGCAGUGUGACGUUGUGAUGAACAGCAUCCCAGAGCAGAAGGAAACUAAUGAGCAGAAGCUCUACAAGAUAGCAAAUGAACUUCUGAAGACAGAGAAGGCUUAUGUUGCACGACUCAACUUAUUAGAUAAGGUGUUUUAUACCAAGCUGUUAGAAGAAGCAAGAAAAGACACGUUCCCCAUGGAUGUGGUGAAAAACAUCUUUUCCAACAUCUCUUCCAUUAAUACCUUCCACAGCCAGUUCCUUCUGCCUGACCUGGAAAAACGCAUGGGAGAAUGGACGUCGACACCUCGCAUUGGGGACAUCCUACAGAAACUCACCCCCUUUCUGAAGAUGUACGCUGAAUAUGUGAGGAACUUUGAUCACGCCAUGGAUCUGCUGAAGCAAUGGACGGACCGAUCGCCUCCAUUUAAAGCCAUCAUUCUGGAAAUCCAGAGUCAAGAAGUGUGUGGAAGUCUGACGCUGCAGCACCACAUGUUGGAGCCCGUUCAGAGAGUGCCACGAUACGAGAUGCUGCUCAAAGACUAUCUGAAGAAACUUCCUCAGGAUCACACAGACCGGCGGGAUGCUGAAAAGUCUUUAGAGAUUAUUGCCAUGGCUGCCACUCAUUCCAACACUGCCAUUAGAAAAACAGAAAACCUUAAGAAAUUGCUGGAGAUUUAUGAGAUGCUGGGGGAGGAAGAGGACAUUGUGAACCCUUCAAAUGAGUUAAUAAAAGAGGGUCAUAUUCUGAAACUAGCAGCAAGAAACACUUCAGCCAUGGACAGAUAUCUCUUCCUGUUCAACAACAUGCUGUUGUACUGCGUUCCAAAGUUCAGCUUGGUGGGACAGAAGUUUACGGUUCGCACACGUAUCGGCAUUGACGGCAUGAAGGUGACGGAGACGUACAAUGAUGAUUAUCCUCACACCUUUCAGGUUUCUGGAAAGGAACGGACACUGGAGCUGCAGGCCAGCUCUGAACAGGAUAAAGAAAGCUGGAUUAAGGCAUUCCAGGAAACGAUACACAUCUAUCUCCAGAAAAAUGAGACCUUUAAGUCAGCAUUCAAAGAUGUGGAGGAAGUAACGGAUCUCAAGAUAUCAGAACUGGGUAAAAGAGCCCCUCGCUGGAUCCGAGACAAUGAGGUGACCAUGUGUAUGAGGUGCAAAGAGGCCUUUAAUGCCUUAACACGCAGGAGACAUCACUGUCGGGCCUGUGGAUACGUGGUCUGCGGGAAGUGCUCAGACUACAAAGCCCCUCUGGAAUAUGAUGGGAAUAGGAUGAACAAGGUGUGCAAAGACUGUAAAUCCAUCCUGACUGGCCAUAUAGACAGUGAGGAGAGGGAGGGAAAGAAGAAGGGCAUUCUAGAGAUUGAAGCUGCUCAGUUCUCGGGCAACAGUAUCAUGUGUGGCUUCCUGCAGUACUGCGAGAAGAACAAGCCCUGGCAGAAAGUCUGGUGUGUCAUUCCUCAAAAAGAAGCUCUAGUUCUCUACUUGUACGGAGCACCUCAGGAUGUCAAGGCCCAGUCCACGAUUCCUCUGCUCGGCUACCAGGUGGAGGACAGCCUGAGACCCACCGACCCUCCCGCGAGCUUCAGACUAUCUCAGUCUAAAUCAGUCCACAGCUUUGCAGCAGAAAGCGAGGAACUGAAACUGCGCUGGCUCAAAGUGAUCCGUAUGGCGGUGACGGGAGAGGUACCAGAAUCGCCUGAAGAAAACCAUUCUACAGAAAUCACCCACGAGCCGAGCUCCAACGGCGUCUGAGCGAACAGAGCAAACUCUUGUUGAAGAUUUUUUGUACUGACGUGGCAAUGCUGUCGGUUGGGAAAGUGUUGACGCUACUGCUUGCUGCGCCAUCACUUCUGGUCCAGUUGUCCUAAAGUUCCAUUAGGAUUUGAACACAUCCAGAAUAUGGGGCUUUAAAGCACAUGGAUAUCAGCUUGACCCUUGCCUGACAGAAUUGAAGUUCACAAAGAAUGCAAACGGGGCACAUGUAAAGUGUACAUGGAGGGAGGAACUAAGACAUGCUAUUCCAUCUUCACACCAUACUACAGCUGACGGAGCACUGUUUUAAGCCUAAUGUAAAAAAUGUACAAUUCAGCACAUUUACAUGUCGUAUGUAUAGUAUAUUGAGGCAAAAAAUCGUGUUGACAACAUUGUAAAAAAAAAAAAUGAUUUGUAUAUGCAGGACAAGCGCUUUUCAAAAGACAAGAUUGCGAUUUGCUGCAAAUAUAUAUUGCAUUCAGAUGCAAAAUGCUCUGCAUGCAAUAGAAACUCCUUCAUUAUGGCCAGCAGACAUGUUGUGUUGUCAUCGUUGUUGAUCCUAGGUUGGGUUGCAGCGGUAUACCAGUAUAAGCGUACCGGGAAUGCAGAAAAGUAAGGCUGAAUAAAGCUUCACGUUACUUGUACCCUGAUAGCACACUUACAUCACUGCAUUUACAUCUGCAAGAUGUAUUUUUUUAGAGUGUUUACUCAUCUGCAAUACGUUUAUUGGACGUUUCCUGUCAGAUGUCGAAGAGACGUCUAUUAGAUGUCAUUAAGAUGUUUAUGAUUUAGAAUGUAUGUAGAUGUCAGAUGUUUGUACACAGCAGAUGCUUUCCAGAUCAAGUGAUCUUUAACAGACAUUUUGCAGACAUAUUUGUGUGCUAUCUGGGUAGCGCCAUUACCUACUUUUGAUAAGAAACAAAGUCUUAGCUUUCAAAUUCUGUCAAUUUUAGCACAAAAUCCAGAUAAUAAAUGACGUUUUGGCGCUCUUUAAUGCAUGACAGAUUGUGCAAAUAAAGCGGUAUAGCGCUGAGCGGGUGUGAAAUUAUCAUUUUACCUUUACUACCAUGAAAUAAACAUGAAUGAACAUCAGAAGUUAUGUUGAAAGAUUUAGAACAUCUUGAAAUGUUAGCUCUUAAUCGCCCAAUCAGCGUUUUAUCCACGAAAAAAAGUCAAUGAAACAGCUUGUGAAUAACAUGUGACAUAACGUUACAUUUACCUCAGGAAAGUUUGAUAGUUAGCUAGAAGAAAGGACUUUGACCUGCUAAUAAUGAUUUAUGUUUUAAGUUUUUAUGAAAACUUGCGUGCAAUUUGAAUGUUUUUUUGUUUUGUUUGAGUGAGUAUAAAUAGUCUUUGUCCUAAUAACUAUUUAAUAUUAGCAAUGUUUCAAACGAGAGGGUUUUCAUCUUUAAUUUAAAGCAUUAUUUUGGCUAAUUUUUACCUUGAGAAUAACUGUUGUGCAGCUGAAAUGGAUUUGAAAUCAAGUGUGGAAAACCGUAGGCCUACCGCGAAGCCAUGACACGGUUAUCAUACCGUUAAAAUGUCAUUGCAACCCUCCUAGGACAAUAUUAACCAACUCUAACCAAGGAUGCAGAUGUAACAUGUCGCUUUCGUGGGAAUGUAAUCAAGUGAGCUUCAACGCCACCUUCUGGUUUGCAGUGCCUCAGCACAUCAGAUAUGAAUCUUUUAAAAGAUUCAAAAGUCUGCUGUACCUCGGAUUAGUUCCCAAACCGAAACAACAGCAGUCUAGACAAUGUGAAUAAUGUUCACUCACCAUAAGCUGUUUCACUUUUUCUCAUUUCAAAGCACAUUCGAAUCAAACAUGAACAAAAUUGUGGCUUUGGUGGCAGUAGCUCAGCAGUCUGAACUCAGACUUAUUCCAUUGAAUUAUCAGCUCUCUAAUCAUGGUAAUAGAUUCAGUAUUUAGUGAAAUAACUGGUUGUAAAUCAAAUCUGUGUAAUAGUUUCUGUAAUGGAUCUUUUAUUCGUAGACAGUCAGUUGACCAAUGGGGACGGGUGUGAGGAGGUGGUUUUUUUCUGUAUAUCUACUGUGGGCAGCACAAUCACCAUUAGUAGGCCCGCUGGAGCAGGGACACAUGUAUAUGUUCUUUACAUACUGUAAUUAUAAUUUUAUUAUUUAAAAAUAAUUUAUAGUGGAAAUGCAUGAUUUUACAUAGCACACAAUUACAUUUUCAGUCUAGAUUGGAUCAUUUAUUCAUCCCUUUGUAUUUAAGAAACGAGCAUGUUCAUGUAUUUCGUUAAAACUUAUGUCUGCAGCCUAAAGCUGCAUAUUCUUAGCAUUACUUAGCUUGUGAGUUACAGGCCUUCUUUCACACUCAUUAAUCUUGAGCUACAUUUUUAUUUGAAAAGAAACCACUAUUUGGUUCAAUGUUUCUGAGAAACGCUGUCAUGUGGUAACAAUGAACAAUUCAAAAGCUAUUUGACCUUGAAACAUAUCAGCUAAGAAUUGUAUGAGUUCACGGUCCAUAUUUUCUGAAUGGGACAUGCCUAUGACAUUUGUAGUUACGCACACAUUUUUACAGGCAAACUAUGGAAGCAACUGGGUUGGUGUAUUAAAUGUGAGUUUCUGUAUUAAAACACGGAUGUGUGCUCAUUGUUGCCAUAUGAAACAAUCCUUACUAUGCGAUCUGAAUGUAGUCUGCUGGUUCUCACUCCCAGAAUCUCUUCCACAGUAAACCUACAUCAGCUCUCAAAAGUGAGACAGACUCUGUUUUAUACAUACAAAUGAAACUGAAGAUUACGCACUUUACUGUGUUCUAUAAAGUGUACCUUGUAAAAUAAAACAAGAUUAUUCUGCAAUG